AUGGACGAAGUCGAGGUGUCGGUGUCGUACGCAUCGGGCGCGUACGUGACCGGUUUCCUGAUCAUGCUCGUGGGCGUGGUACUGCCGAUGGUCUACAUGGUGCUGCAGAAUAAGAAGGCUUUCAAGGCGAUGUUGCGAGACGUCAAGAACGUUGAAACUCGAGAAGAUCGCAGUUCUUCGGACAUGAAGGAAACUCACUGA